AUGAUGAAUGACGAAACUUUUCAAAAACAUUUGUCUGAUUUAUUCUGUUUAUGGCAUGGUGUACGAAGGCAUAAUGAUCCACCAUUAAUUGAAGAUGAAGAUGAAAAAAAUAAAAUAAUAAUGUCAAUGCUUUGCCGUUUAUUAACUGAAAUAGAAAUAAGAAAAGAACACUUAAGUCAAUAUUUUAAUGUUUCUAAUACUCAAGAUUUAAUGGAAGAAUGGACAAUGUUAACAUGGAAUGUAUUGUGUAUUAAUUCACGUCUUCAAAAUAUUGCAGGUCGUAAUAGAAAGACUCCUGAAACAGUAGUUUAUUCAAAUCGUUUAAAUCAAGUGUUAGUUGAUCUUGUAAAUAUGACAAAUAAAACAAACAUUCCUGGUGAUUAUACAUUAAUGUAUCCCAAUUUUCUUGUUGUUGGAAGUAAUUUUGAAAAGAUUAUAUAUGAUUUACAUCAAUUAUAUCAACAUUUAUUAUGCUUACAAAAUCCUUCACAACCAGAGUUAACUUCAUUUUAUCAACAAAUGGAAAAAUAUGCUGAAGAUAUGUAUACAGUUAUUAAUAUGUUUAAACAUUUUUGUAAUGAUAUAUCAAAAGAAUUAUGGUAUGAUGUUAGACAAGCCCAAAUACAUAAAAUGAUAACAUUUGAAGAAAUACCUGAAGAAGUUGUUCAUAAAUUGGUUUUUUUUUAUAGUCAAAUGAUGUAUAGAUUAGCUGUAUUGAGUGCUCGUUUACAGGGUUUUAAAUAUGAAAUGACAAUAAAUAAGAAACUAAUAGAAAAACAAGAUCUUGUACUUGCUAUGUGUAAUUAUGUAUUUUUUGCCUUAGAAUUAUUAAUGUCAGAUUGUAUAUUAGCUACAGAACCAGCAAAAAAUGGAAUAUUUGUUACAAAUAAUUUAUUUCCAUUAAAUUGUGGUGCAUUAGCUAGAGGUGUUGUAUUUAAACAAUUUGAUAUACAAGUUGUAACAGAAGAAGCAGCAGAAACUAUUCAAAAUGAUAUACGUAAACAAAAAAUGUUACAACAUCCUCAUCCUAUAUCAGAUGUACCAUCAGCAGCUUUAUUAGCAAUGAAACCAACAAAUGGUAUUAAAAGAAGUAAUAAUAGUAAUGAAAGUACAAAUAAUACAGCACAUAAAAAAAGUGAUGUUAAUUCUAAAGAAUUUGUUACUAUUUAUCCAAUAUAUAAUAAUAAAUUUAGAUAUUGGUCAGGAACAUAUCCAUAUAUAUUAUGUACAACUAGACAAAAAGGAAGACAAUCUACAAAUAAUUCUAUACAGGAUUUAUCAUCAACUAUUUUAGAUAUUAAAAGUCAUGGAAAAAGACCAAUUUUUUAUUUUCACAUAAAAGCAACAAUGUUUUCACCAAGUGGUACAUUUGCUGAUGCUCAUACACUUUCAUUACCAUUUACAAUUGCAACUAGAAGAAAUCAAGAUUGUCAGGUACAACGAAUGAUGAGUUCAUAUACAGCAACAUGUUUUUGGUUAUAUGGAUCAAAUGUUCAAGAUGGUCUUUUAUUAAAUUGGAGUGAAAAAGGAAUGACAUGGAUAAAUUUUAAAAAUUUAUUAAUGUUACAUUUUAAGGUUAAUGCAGAAGUUAAAAGAGGAUUAAAUGAAAAAGAUUUAGAUUUAUUUCAAUAUAAAUUAUUAUGUAAUGAUUGUAUAUCACAUUCUCAAAAACAAAAUAUAUUUGGACCAGCACAAGUUGUUACAUUUAAAAAUUUACUAUGUCCACAUUUACGUUAUGAAUGUGGUAGUACAAAUGUUCGUUUUAGUGUUUGGAGAGGAAUGUUAGAAGUUUUACAAAUUUUUCAAGAUACUAAAAAUAAUGUUAAAAAAUUAUGGGAACAAUAUUUGAUAUGGGGAUUUCUUGAAUUUGAUCAAAUUGCCAAUGUAUUAGAAAAUUUUGAAUCAGCUUUGUUUAUGCGUUUAUCAUUUGUUACUGGUGGAACUAUUUGUUUUACUGUUAAAUCAAAUACACCAUCAAGACAAUAUGCUAAUAAUGUGAUACAUUUAGAACCAUUAGAUUUAAAAAAAUUAAAUGCUAAAUGUUUAAAAGACUAUAUAAAUGAUAUAGCUGUUUCAGAGAAUAUUAAAUAUAUUGUGGAUUCAAAUUUAAAAUUAAUUGAAAUUUCAUCAGUCUUAAAAAAUCUUAGUGAUGGAAGAGAUAUGUAUAAUGAAAUUAAAGCAAAUAAGGAUGUUUCGUCAAAUGUUACUCAUAGUGGAAAUAUUAAUGAAAUGCAACAUAUUCGUUUUACAGCAAUGAGAAUUGCUGUAGUAACGUGUAAAAUUAAACCACCAUCUGAUGAUUACAAAAUUGAGGAAGGAACUAUUAAUUCAAAUAUUUAUAAUAAUUAUGAAUAUUCUAACAAUUAUAAUUCAACAUCAAAUGGAAUUUUAAAUAACUAUAAUAAAAAUGAUAGAACAUAUUCUUCACAGUAUAAAAAUAAAGGAAAUGAUAAUUUUAAAACAGAACUACUACAACUAUGCAAUUUAUAUGGAAAAUCUAAAAAUGAAGUAAUGGAAAUAAUAUCUGAAAUCAAUGAAAGUAAUUUUGUAGGAAAAACAUCUUCUCCAACAUUGUUACAUGCACCAGCGUCAAAUUUUUACUCCAAUGAACCUGUUCAUGCGUCUAAACAAUUUUUUAAUAAUAAUUUUUUACCAACUGUUGGUAAUAUUGAUAUUCCAUCAUCACAUCAUUAG